AUGCCUUUGGAUACGAUUUAUCUGACCCGUCAUGGUCACCGCCUCAACUGGACCAUUGACUUUCGCACCGGCACCUAUAAGGCCCAGUUCCCUACGCCGACAGGGAACCCAGCAGACCCCGCGCUGACCUCACAUGGCGUUCGGCAGUCACACGAGCUGGCAGAGCAUGUUGCUGCUCCUCAAUUCCAUCCUAAGCCAUUCCGCGUCUAUUCAAGUCCAUUCUACCGCUGUCUGCAGACUAUCCAGCCCUCCGUGGAGGAAUUGAAGCGGAUAUCUACGCAGUCUGGAAAUAGCCAACUUGCAGACCUGAAUGUUAGGAUUGAAAAUGGAUUAGGAGAAUGGUUCGGCGCAACAAACUUCUUCGACCACCCUCCGCAUCCAACCUCCAAAGAAAUGAGCACCCACUUCCCAACCCUGAUCCCAGAAUCAAAUGUGGGAAACUACAAACCACUCCUAAUUCCCUCCAGACGCGGCGAGACAAUCAGCCAACUCCAUAACCGCGUCGCAACAGCCCUCCAAGGAAUUAUCACCGACAUAGAUACUGAAAUUGUGGCCCUAGAAGCGACGUUACCCCCAGACCAGCGAACCAGCCAAUCAGUCUUGAUCUGCGCGCAUGCUGCACCACUUAUUGCCAUGGGUCGUGCGUUGACGGGACGUAUGCCUGAUGAUAGUUCUGAGGAGGAUUUCAAUGUUUUCACUGCUGGACUGAGUACGUUUAAGAGGCGAGGGAAUAUGACGCCUGCUGUUGAGGGUAGUUCUUAUGGACCAGAGGGGGAGAGUGCUCUUGCUGAGGGUACGAGGUUCGUUCGUGCUUCUGGGGAUAUCCCGGAUUGGAAGAAUGGGAAUGGUGUUGCCGGGGGUUGGGAUUGUGUCUCGAAUGGGGAUUGUAGCUUUUUGAGUACGGGUGCCGAACGUGGAUGGCAUUUCAAUGGCGAGGAGUCUUUCGAUACUGGUCCUAUGGCCCCGGCUUCUGAGCCGGCGCCGAGUAAGACUGAUACAAAGUUAUGA